CAACUCCUCAUCACUUCCGCCCUAGAAGUUUUCAUAGAAGAAAUGGAAACUAAAACUGCAGCUAAAUUGUCAAUAGAACAAUUAGAAAAUCUAAACCAAGCAAUUCGACUGACUCAGAAGUUGAGGUCAAGCGUUUCAAGGGUGUUUCAUGAUCUCAGUGAUGGAACUGACAACACGAAGGGAAAUGAAAAGACAUUCCUGUCAGACAUUCAAAAGUCAAUCGUGUCUGUGACAAAUGAUUUCAGUGAACUUGAGAAGGUAGCUAACAACUUGAACCCAAUACUCCAGACCCCGAACAGUGCCAACGUUUGUUUGGAUCCUGCCAUUGACAAGCUGCCUGUGUACUCACAGCUACUACAAGCAUACAAGUGGACAAAUAAAACAGCUGAGCAUGCAGGGGCUGCAGCCGGCAUCCUGCAGAUGAACACACUGAAGCGGUCUCCACUCCCAGGAGUUUCUUCAGGGAUAAAGGGGAUCAAGAGAUCUAGAGCUCUUCCUAUGCCCUACAAUGUCCCUGCAUCGGUCGUGGACAACUUGAUAGCAGGUCUGGAUCGCCAGUUUCCGGAGAUGGGAAUCGCAGUCACCAGGCCGCUGGGGAGUUGUGCCAUAGUGCAGUUGACACUGGAGCGAACAUUGAGGGCCCUGAUUGUGUUGAGAGGCUGCGUUAUUGAGUGGGUGAAGAUCAAGGGUUACCAUGAAAACUUCCUCGCUGAUGAUGGCAAGAUUGACAUCUGGUCAGCAUCUCGGUACCAGGUGUUCCAGAAGAUAACUGAUCAUGCAAGUGCAGCAUCCCUACACUUCUAUCAUCCCACCUACACAGAGCUCACCGUCAAGUCACUUGUGCUGUGGCUGCGGGCGUACAACACCCUGUUCUCCGCACCCUGCAACAAGUGUGGCAAACACCUCCAGGGGGCGCUGCCACCAACGUGGCGGGACUUCCGCACACUUGUGCCAUACCAUGAAGGAUGUAAACAAUAAACUGAUGAUACCUGC